AUGACAAGUACAAAGAUCAUCGAAAAAAUUGACCAGAAAAACUUGCUGCUACUCCUCAUAAGUUUAGUCAAGGAGUUAAUGCCUUCACGUCACUCAAUUUGCUAUCGCACUGUAAGUGGCAGUCAACGUCCAAAUCAAAGUUAUCUUCCAUUGGAUUGCAAAGCCAGACUUCGUUUGAAUGCUGACACAACAAAUGGAUGUUUUCUAAUUUCAUCAUUCCACGAAGAGCACAAUCAUGAAAAUGCUGAGGAAGACUAUGUCUUAACAAAGGGAGACGAAAUGCGAAACAACAUUGGGAUACAAUACAUAGGAGAAACAGCAUCAGAUGUAAAUGAACAUGCAAAUGCUCUCGAAGUUGCGGAGUCAUAUAUUUCCUUGUCCCUUCCAAUUAUAAUUUGUUAA